CAAAUCUUCAGCCCCCACACACACUCCCUUCCGGCGACCUCUCUCUGUCUAGUGUCUCUCUAUCUCUCUGCUCCGUCCCUCCGUCCCGAGUAUCUGCCGCCGUUCCUCUCUCGCCGACGGCAUUUUCGAUUCUUCGGUCCUUUGAUUCUUCUGCUGCAAGCUUAUAUAACACAGUUCACAACCGAUCGCCCUUCAGGAGCAAAUGGCCAUGGCUGCGCUCAGACGAGAGGGGAGGCGUCUCGCCCCUCUGAUCUCCCCCCAAUCAAUCACCGCUGUCCGAUCCUCUGUCAUCUCUCAGGAGCAGGCCCCCCUGGGAUUGCGCUCAAUUUCAACUCAAAUUGUCAGAAACCGGAUGAAGAGUGUGAAGAAUAUCCAGAAAAUUACAAAGGCAAUGAAAAUGGUUGCAGCCUCGAAGCUUAGAGCGAUUCAAGUUAGAGCUGAAAACUCACGUGGCCUGUGGCAGCCAUUUACUGCCCUUCUUGGCGACAGUCCCAGUGUUGAUGUGAAGAAGAAUGUCAUUGUUACCAUUUCUUCAGACAAAGGUCUUUGUGGUGGAAUCAACUCUACAUCAGUCAAGACAAGCAAGGCUUUGAAGAAGUUGACUGCUGGCCCCGACAAAGAAACAAAAUACGUUGUUUUGGGAGAAAAAGCAAAGGCUCAAUUGAUACGUGACUCGAAGAAGGAUUUCGAGUUAUCCAUAACUGAGUUGCAAAAGAAUCCUUUGAAUUAUACGCAGGUCUCUGUUCUGGCAGACGACAUUUUAAAGAAUGUUGAGUAUGAUGCCUUGAGAAUUGUCUUCAACAAGUUCCAGUCAGUUGUCUCAUUUCUUCCCACUGUGGCGACUGUUUUAUCUCCUGAGGCUGUGGAGAAAGAGGCUGAAUCUGGGGGAAAGCUUGGUGAACUAGACUCUUAUGAGAUUGAAGGUGGUGAAACAAAGUCAGAAGUCCUCCAGAAUCUUGGGGAGUUCCAAUUCUCUUGUGUCUUGUUCAAUGCGGUGUUGGAGAAUGCGUGCAGUGAGCAAGGAGCAAGGAUGUCUGCUAUGGAUAGCUCAAGCAGAAAUGCAGGCGAUAUGCUUGAUCGACUCACACUCACUUACAACAGAACUCGGCAAGCAUCUAUUACCACUGAAUUGAUUGAGAUUAUAUCUGGAGCAUCAGCCCUUGAGGGCUAAUUGCAGAAACCGUACUUGCAAUUUAUCAGACGGUGACGAAAUAACAUGGAAGUGGGGGCAUUCCUUGAAUUCCAUGGUGAUAGUUUCUGAAGAGCUUUUUUUUUUUCAAACUUCUCCAAUAAUUACCCAGGGUCAAUCUCCUUAUUGGGAGUGUUAAAUCAUAUUUUUUGGUUGUUUUAAUUGAAUUGUGAGUCGGUUUGUUUUCAAUUAUGUGCCUUAAAACACUUGGGAGUUGGCUCAAGUGAUAAAGGGUUUGGUCUUGGUGGUAAGCUCCCUCCAGGUUUAAAGUUCAAAUCUUCUUGGGUGUAAACAAUUUCUAGAAGCUAUUGGAUUGGUAGAACUUCCCAUUGAAUUACUUGUGAUGUACUUGCGGAAAACUCCUUGCACUCCCAAGAUUAGUCACGGCUUUGUUCUUGAACACCCUAUGCCAAUAAAAAAAUUUACUUGCCUUAAA